UCAGCCGAGUAACAAAAUCACCAUAAAUUGUUUGCUGAAGUUUGACGAAAGGUGUUGCACAAAUUUUCGGACGCGAACUAUUUUCUUCCUCAGCUUUUAACAUUCCUUCUACUCAGGUUGUUUUAGAUAAAUCCGACGAAGAAGAUGGCUGCCAGAGCAAAGACGAAAAAGACCACAAAAAAGCGAGCUCAUCGAGCCACUUCAAAUGUAUUCGCUAUGUUCGAUCAAAACCAAAUUCAAGAAUUUAAAGAGGCCUUUAACAUGAUUGAUCAAAACCACGACGGCUUCGUCGAUAAAGAAGAUUUACACGACAUGCUUGCGUCGUUGGGUAAAGAUCCAACCGACGAAUACUUGGAAGAAAUGAUAAAAAUGUCGCCAGGUCCUAUCAACUUCACCAUGUUCCUAACACUGUUUGGUGAAAAACUGAACGGCACAGAUCCUGAAGAUGUAAUAAGGAAUGCGUUUGCCUGUUUUGAUGAUGAAGGUACCGGCAAAGUGCAUGAAGAUGUUCUGAAAGAAGCUCUAACCACCAUGGGAGAUAGAUUUACCGAGGAUCAAGUUGAUGAUAUUCUACGUGACGCACCUAUCGAUAAAGAUGGAUACCUGGAGUAUAAUCAGUUUACUCAUAUCCUAAAACACGGUAAAAAGGACGAAAACGAUUAACUGAUUACAAUUCCUUAUAGGAGACUUUGCAUUACACUUAGACCAGUCUUUUGGUUAGCAGUUAGUAUAACUCUCAUUUCAUGAUUUGCAAUUUUGUGUAUUAAUUACGGGGUUAAAAAUUAUUUAUGCAUGGCCAUUCAAGGUAUGAUAUCUGCGCUGAAUGUUUAUUUCCCACACUAUUCAAACAAUUAAUCGAAACUUGAAAUGGUUUGGUAAACAAUGGGCUGGUUUUCUUUCAUAUCCAUGCGGUAUAGCCUAGAAAAUUGAGCUGUUAAGCUUGUACAAUAAACAGUGUGUUAUUUUAAACUAAUUAAAAUGUGAUGGAAUUUCUGUC